AAUCUACCUAUAUGUAAGGCGGCUUUUAUGAAUGGAAUUGGUAUCUCAAGGUCGCUCGAGUUUAAUUAAAAAACAAAAUGGAUACAGCACUCUGAACUUCAUACUCUCUAGAUACAAAGACAGUUAUUCUGUGUUAAUAUUUUGUAAGUAUUUCUGUGAAAAAGUGGAUUUUUGUUGAUGGAGCCUUGAUAUACAUGUUUGGACAGUUUUCACGCGUUGACAGCUAAAUCAGGAAAGAGAAACCUUACCGUCCGUUUUUUAAAUAGUGUCUUUCGAACACUCCCAUGUCGGCCUUAAGAAUACCUAGUCCUGGACUAAAGGGGAACAUAGCAUGCCCUAAGGUGUUGAAGGAGAACUUAGUUAUACAAGCUAUAAUUAACUAUUUAAUGUGGUAAUGUUAGGGUGAAGUAGGAAACUCGGUGUUUAUUUUUGGGAAAAUGUAGACUACUUGCGGAAAGUAAAGGUGUCAACCGGGACAUUUUUCUGUAUGGGGGACUUUUAUUGGUAAGUUUGCAAUUUUCCCUCGGGCUGAAGAAAAGAGCGACAAUUUGUUAAAUUUUCACAUCGAUUUUUAGGGGAUCUACCCUUCACUACCACCAAGUUCGCCUCUUUUUCCCCUUUUUGUUUGCUUGGGAUACAUAGACACGGAGUAUCUAUAUUUGUCGUAUUUUCGUGUGCCUCAUAUUUCAUCUUACUGUUACAUGACUUGAUUUAUCUAAUAACUGAAAAUGGAUUGUAUAUAAAUGUCACUGAUUCCCUUAACACAAGGAGAGCUUACGAUCCACUGUCCUGUUUAGUUUGUAACAGUUUUAGUUGUUUCUUCAUCCUCAAACUAUACGCGCAUUUGUUUGUAGGGAAAACAUCUGUAAGGUACUUCUUGUUUCCUGAAAAAUUCUUUAAGGUGUUUUACUUUAUUGUUAAACAAAUGAUGGUUGUCUUCGACUUAUUUUUUGAAUUUUUAAACGUUUCUUUUAAAUAAUGCUAUAAUAUGCAUGCUUUCCCUUUAAGCCACUCACUUUUAGCAUAAGUAUUUACACACCUGUCAGUAUGGCCUUUACAACAAGUAUGAUUCCAGAACAAGCUCAAGUUAAAGAUCGCGCUGAUGAACUUCUGUCUUUAUGUAAAAAAGCAGUUGCUGACUGCAAUAACGUGAAGCCAACACUUGAUUCACUUGAUAAAUUACGUUGCAAACAACGUGGUUCUAAAGUUGUCAAAAGUCAGUUGAAGUCCUUAUACACACAGGCAAUUAUUGAAGCUGAACAUCAAAAAGCUACUCUUAUGGCUGCUUUAGAAAAAGUAUCGGAAAUCCGUGCUCUAGAAUAUAAGUUGAGAACACAUGUUGGUCCGAAAAGUUUUCGCCGCGGUGUACUAAUGUCAGUUUUGCAAGAAAAUGCCAAAUCGAUACCACUUUGGAUAGGUAAACCCGGUGAGAGUCCCCCUGCUCUGUGUGGUGCAACAGGACCAUCACCAAAUAUUCCCGCUGAUCCUGGCGACCAUGUUGCCGCCCUUGUUCCAGAACCAGACGUGGCAGCUGCUGCUUGUAAUUUAUCUGAAGGUUGUAUAUUGGCUGAAGUUGUUUCGUAUAAUCCUGAUAAAGAAAUCUAUGAGGUAGAAGAUGUUGAUGCCGAAGAAGGGAAGAUGCCAAAGCGUUACUCUCUAUCCCGUUCUAAACUUAUACCUUUACCAAAAUGGAAAGCUAAUCCAAUUACAAAUCCUGAGGCAAUAUUCAAUAAAGGUGCUACUGUUUUGGCUCUUUAUCCACAAACAACAUGUUUCUACAAAGCAAUUGUGGAUGAAAUCCCAAUUCAUAUACAUGAUGAGUAUUCCCUUUAUUUUGAAGAUUCAUCCUACCCUGAAGGUUAUGCUCCAGCUAUUAAAAUACCUCAACGAUAUGUUAUUCAAUGUCCUGACAAAGAAGCAAUGACUAGUAAACAUUUAGACAGGUCAAAAAAACGUGGUAAAAAACUAUGAAUUGUAAGAUGAACCUAUUACUUAUAAUCUUAAUCUCCUCCAUCUUGCAGUUGUGUGUAGUUGUGUAAAUAUAACUAAUUUCUUUGUUGUU